AUGGCUGGAAAGCGCCCACGCGCGGCCUUUGAGGAGGCCUGGCAGCCUCCUUAUGCGACUUAUGGUACGCCUUUACCUCCGCUGGAUGCCGGGGUGCGCGAUGACGGGUCCUACAUGCCCGUAUGGAAGCAAGAGGUCACCGACGAGCGAGGCCGAAAGCGAUUGCAUGGCGCCUUCACUGGUGGCUUCAGUGCUGGAUACUUCAACUCAGUCGGCUCGAAAGAAGGUUGGACUCCCGCGACCUUUGUCUCGUCCCGCCAGAAUCGCGCCCGAGAUGCCAAACAGCAAGCGCAACAACGCCCGGAGGACUUUAUGGAUGAGGAGGAUCUGAGGGAGCAGGAAGAGUCACGAAAUCUACAGACGACGGAAGGGUUCGCCGGGUUUGGUUCAACCCAGGCGGACUCUACGAGGAGAGCCGGGCUCAUGGAUUUGCUGAAAGCUGGUGGCGAAACGAUGGGCGUCAAGAUGUUGAAGAAGAUGGGUUGGCGAGAGGGGCAAGGCAUUGGUCCCAGGGUGCGGCGUAAAGCCAACCUGGGCGAUGCUCCGGGCAAUGGUCCCGAGCAGACAUAUCUGUUCGCGCCGGAAAAUCCCCCGAUGGUCGCUUUUAUUCGAAAGACCGACCACAAAGGUCUUGGAUACGAAGGCGAGGCCCGUUUGGAGGAACGUGAUAGCGCACGCGAUGAGCCUGAGGAAUCAGACUCAUUCUUUGGCGGGCGUCUCGCCAUUCAAGGGAAAGACAAAGCGCCCAAGGUUAAGGAAUCUCGACGAGGAGGGAUUGGCAUUGGCGUCCUCAAUGACACCGGGUCAGACGAUGAAGACCCAUACGCCAUCGGUCCCCAAAUCUCAUAUAACCGAACCAUUGGCGAGAAGAAGAGAAAGAAGAAGCUCAAAGAGGAAGGGAAGCCAGCAAUCGCAAUUCCCAAUCCGCUACUAAAUGCCAAUGCGAAACCCGUUUUCAUAUCGAAGAAAUCGGCUGCGUCGCGUGCAGGAGGAUUCCGAAAGUGCCGCGAUGGACGACUACCGCUGGACGGGUUCGUUCUCGCUGAUCUAUCAGGGCUGUCCAUCUCAGACACGAAAUACGAGCCUCCUCAAAUACCCGAAGGUUGGCAGUCUACAAAGCAACCCGCUUCCACAGAGCAGGAUCCAUUGAACUACAUCUCUACAGCCGAUGCUGCCAAGGCAUCUGCUCUUGAUCCCACCUCACGAGCCGCCCUCUUGGGCGAGGCCCAGUUACCGGGCAAAUCCGUCUUCGACUGGAUGACCCCGGAGGCCCGCGAACGAAUCGCAAAGCUGACUGGAAAUAUCAACCUUCCUCCGGCACUCGGAGAAAAAGCCCCAAAGGGAUUUGAAUCCUCGGAUUCACAGAAGCGAAAAGAUCUAUCGGACCUAGUGCCCAAACUAGACAAGCAAACCGCCAUUCAAGCCUUGACUCGAGCCGUGAGCGGAUGGAUGCCCUAUGCGGAAGACGAGGGCAAGCGAGCACGAUAUCGCACAUUUCUCGAAGUCCGGGCAGAGAUCCGUGACUCUCUUCCGGAUCGAGUGCCAGGUUCCAGCACUGAUGAGUGGGUGACUGAGAUGCAGGAGUUUGCCCGAGCUGCGGAAGUCUUCAAACCCAUGUCCGGCAUUAUGGCAUCACGGUUUACAUCGGCUUCUUCAGGUCCCAAGGUGGCCACUGAUGCUCCCGACUCGACUGAGUCUGCUCUCACUCGUCCCGCGGAGAGGCCCGAUCCUCCAGCCGUAGCCGCAGCGAAAAUUGGCAUGUUCGGACAAAUGACCCGAAGCACCAUGCCCUUUUAUCCUGCUCGUCUUCUAUGCAAGCGCUUCAAUGUGAAGCCACCUGCUAAUGUACAACAAGAUCCUGGGGAGCAGGCAUCCAAUGUCAGACCUGGUACCCGAUUCCAGUCUGGAGGACACCAAACUGAUUCGGCAUCCCGGGACCUGGUCUCGCAGGAAGUGAUGAACAUGAUCAUGAUGGAAUCUGGACGACAGCCUACCGCCAGCUCCGAUGCCACUAAAUCAGGUGCCCCGGAGCCUCCGCCGGCACCGGUGCCAGCUGUUGAACCCGAGCGAAACGAUGCCCUUGAGGCUGAGCGACCGGGUGAUGCUGUAUUUAAAGCGAUUUUUGGCAGUGAUGAUGAAAACUAA